UCUAUACAUUAUCCCGGAAAUUAAAAAAAAAGAAAAAUAUAUAUAUAUAUUUCGUUUGAUAGCCGAUGUGUGUUGGAUCGUAAUAUAUCUGAAAAUUUGGGGAAAGAAGAAGAAGAAGAAGAAGAAGAAGAAGAAGGGAGGUUUGACCUUCGGUCAUGGAGGACCACGAGAUUCAGGAGCUGGUGAACUUUAAUGAUGACGUCAUCGUCGGAGGCGACCUUGCCUCUUCCUCUUCAUCCGACAGCCGUAGGAAACGUAGACGAAGAAACGGGGACGGUAAUGCACGAGAGUCCCCACCACUAGAUCGGGCGCGCUGCCUGCGACGGACGGAACCACGGACGCAAAACGUGUCUACGUUUACAGCUGUUUGCCAGUCGUCACCGGACCGCCGCGAGGUCUGGCAAAGGUCAUUAACGUUAUCUUCUUAUUCCUGUUCGCCGUCGUUGUCGUUGUCGUUAUCGUUGUCGUAGUCGUCGUAGUCGUCGUAGUUGUCGUAGUCGUUAUUGUCGUAGUCAUCGUAGUAAUCGUCGUUUGAGUUUUUUCCGUUUUCAGGAUAUAUCGAUCCAUCGAUGAAUCGAUCGACCGACCGAUCUCGAUCUCGAUACGAAGCAGAACGAAACGAUAAGUCGAUCUUGUUCUAUUUGUGUGUCCUCGCGAAUUCAAUAACAAAAUAUAUAGAUAUACGCUGAGAUAUAUCUAUAUAUAUAUAUAUAUAUAUAUAUAUAUAUAUAUUAAAAUUAAAUAGAUAAAUAUCUAUUAGAGAUAAAUCGAUGGAGAUGUCCAAGAGAGAAGGAAAUUUUCGAUGCGUGCGAAUCGAGCGGACUGCCGUCCCGCGUCGGAACGAGGGACAGUUAUUUUCGUGAUCUUCGCGGGUGCGGAGGGACGAGAGAGAUAGAGAGAGAGAGAGAGAGUGAGAGAGAUAGAUAGAUAGAUAGAUAGAUAAAGAGAGAGAGAGAGAGAAAGAGAAAGAAGAAGAAAAAGAAAGAAAGAGAGAGAGGAUAGAAAGACGACGGCAACGGCGGCAACGAGACAAGAAGCUAGUGGCAUCUCUCAGCACCUGUGACAUCCGUCGUCUAUCGUGUCUCUUUCUCGAAUAGAAAAAAUUCGCCGGAUUGAAGAAAAAGACGAAAAAGAGAAGGAGACAAAAAAUCGAAAAAAUUAGCAAGGAAAAAAUAAAGAGAAUCAUUUCUGAUCGAUUGUAAAACGAAAGAGAAAGGAAAAAGAAAAACAGUCUGGCGAAUUAUAAAAAGGAAAAGAAAUAUAUGCACGUACGCAUACAUACGCACGCAUAUAUAUAUAUAUAUAUAUAUAUAUAUAUAUAUAUAUAUAUAUAUUGAGAUAAAUAGAGUCGAUCGAUCGAUCGAUCGGUCGGUCGAUCGAUCGAGAAGUGGAUCUUACAGUGUCGUCGAGUCGACGCUCGUCGACGGCUGACGACGUCGUUAAUCGAAUCACAGAAUUUGCCGAGUUUGCAAUGGGUUUGGCAGAUACUGAUCUUGGCAUGGGCGCCGGUGCCGCAGGUGGCUCGGUUCUGGGACUUCCAGGUACCGGAGUGACCGGUGUCCUGUCUCAACACUGUGCCAUUUGUGGUGAUCGAGCCACAGGGAAACAUUAUGGGGCUGCCUCUUGCGACGGUUGCAAAGGUUUCUUCAGAAGAUCCGUUAGGAAAAAUCAUCUCUACACUUGCAGAUUCAGCAGGAAUUGCGUUGUGGACAAGGAUAAGCGUAAUCAAUGCAGGUACUGCAGACUUCGAAAGUGUUUUAAGGCCGGCAUGAAGAAGGAAGCCGUGCAAAAUGAGAGAGAUCGAAUAAGUUGUAGAAGGCCCAGUUACGAGGAACAAGCCAACAAUGCUAGCGGACUCUCCGUUGUUUCUUUAUUGCAAGCUGAAAUGCUCAGUAGACAAGUUGGGGCAGCCUUAGAGCUAGGCAGUCCGAGCAACGACAUCGAUCUCAGUACGAAGCAAAUAGCGAACAUAAACGACGUGUGCGAUAGUAUGAAGCAGCAAUUGCUGAUCCUCGUCGAGUGGGCCAAAUACAUUCCAGCGUUUAGCGAGCUCACGCUAGACGACCAAGUGGCGUUAUUAAGGGCGCACGCAGGCGAACACCUAUUACUUGGUGUAGCUAGGCGUAGCAUGCACCUUAAGGACGUUUUAUUGCUUGGAAAUAAUUGCAUAAUCACCAAGAAUUGUCCUGUGAUAUCAUUGUCAACAGAAGGACGUAAUCAGGAUUUGGACAUCAGCAAAGUUGGUGUGAGGGUAAUGGACGAACUCGUGAAACCAUUGAACGAGGUCCAAAUCGAUGACACGGAGUUUGCUUGUCUCAAGGCUAUCGUGUUUUUUGAUCCAAACGCGAAAGGUCUGAGCGAGCCUGGAAGGAUAAAACACCUCCGUUAUCAGAUACAAAUCAAUUUGGAAGAUUAUAUAAGUGAUCGUCAAUAUGAUAGCCGUGGUCGUUUCGGCGAAAUACUAUUGACGUUACCAGCAUUACAAUCAAUUUCUUGGCAAAUGAUCGAACAGAUUCAAUUCGUCAGAUUGUUCGGAGUAGCACAUAUAGACAAUCUUUUGCAAGAGAUGCUACUAGGUGGUGCGGCUGCUGAAUUGAACGGAAAUUCUACGCCAAUGCCAAUGUCAAAUGCUCCUGGAAGUUACGUAAGCAGUAACGAGAGUCCUAGUAGUCCUUUGACACCUGCCAAUGCCGGUGGUGGUCCAUUAAGUCCACAAGAUCAUAUGUUAGCUGCUGGUAGUCCUGUCAUUAUCCUUAGGGAUCUAACACCUAUUUCAUCGCAGGAAGACGUGACAACAGUCGCUGGUUUCAGAUUAUUCAAACAGGAACCCAGCCUUGAAACUGAAUCAACAUUCUGACUAGACGGAGAAGGAAUCAUAUCAUGACCUUCGAUAGAAUUUUAUCAUUGAUUCGAACAAAAAACAAAAAUUCGACUUAUCAAGGAAAAUAUGAUUAUAUCUUUCGUUAUUAUCAUCAUUUUUUUUGUUUUAUUAUUAUUAUUAUCGAUCAUCUAAUUUUCUUCUAAUCCUGUUGCGUAUAUAUUGUGUAUGUUGUAGGAUUGAAAUUCCGAUAACACUUUAAUUAUCGUUUUAAAAUCGUAGGUGAGACCAGUCCAUUUUGACUGUGAUAAUAUGGAGAGUAACACGUCGAAUCGUACUUUAUAAAAUUCAUGAUUUUUUUUUCUUUAAAUAUAUAUAUAUAUGUGUUUGUUAAAUUAUUAUUAUUACUCUCUCUUUUUUAAUUAUUUUUAUGGAUACACGCUUUCGUAUCUUUACUUGCAUUUCUCGUAUAUCAAAAAGAAAGUCAAAAAAAGAAUUGAUAUAAACGUAAAAUAAUAUAAACAAUAUGAAUACUGAAUAAAAAGAAAAAUAAGUGUUAUUUCAUACUUUUAAACGAUAAUAUCGUGAAAGUAAAAAUAUGUUACAAGAGAGAUAUGUUUCCUUACAAUCACAAAUAUAUAGCAACUAUAUUUCAUUUAUCCCUAAUUGAUAAUAUAUCGUCAAAUAGAGCCUUCUCAUGAAUUGCACGAUUUUUGUUAUUCAAACGUGAAUUUUGAUGAAAUUCAAUCGAAAAUAAUGAAAUUAAAUUAAUAAUGACUAAUGAGAAUAAAAUCAAUAAAUAGAGAAGGAACGGAUUGAUUAAUGGUGACAAAACGUAAGUCUCGCGAUGGAUAAGAAAUUAAUCACUUAUGAUUUAAAUAAAUAACGUUUCUAGUUAUCAAUUAAAUGGUAAUUAACAUUUAAAGUGUUAUCGGAAUUUCUAUCGACAAACCUUAUUGAUCGAAUGAAAUAUGAAAUUUCAUUACGAACGAAUAUAUAUAAAAUUUCUUUACGAAUGAAUAUAUAUGAUAUAUAUAUAUAUAUAUAUAUAUAUAUAUAUAUAUAUAUACAUACACACACAUAAUAUAUAUAUGUAUGUAUGUAUUUUAAAAGAAAAGCGUAAAGAUUUAUCACUAUAGAUCAUCUAAUUACUUAUUUACUUUUUAUACGAGCGUUGAAUCACGAGCUAACGUAUCUUCAAGUUUACCUUCAAAAAGAAAAAAAAAGGAAAAAAAAAGAAAUUAAAUAUAUAUAUAUAUAUAUAUAUAUAUAUAUAUAUAUAUAUAAAAAGAAGAAUAAACGGAUUAAGAAACGUUACUCCAAAAUCGGAGAGAUAAAAAUUACAAAUAUACAUACAUAUACGAAAACGACGAGAUUAUCGAUCAGAGAAAUCGAACAACGAAAUUGUUUAUUUCGUUCGAGUAUGAUCGAAUGUGAGUGCGUCUCUCUCUUAAAGAUUUCUCUAUACGACUUUUCUCUCUCUCUCUUUUUUUUUCUUCAAAUUAAAUCCCUCACCUGUAUAAAUAACGAUCGAUCAUCGGAAAGAUAAAUGGGAUAAGAGAUAAGAUCGUAUCUUGACUUAAACUGACGCCAUUUAGGAGACACUGUUAUUUUUUUUUUAUAUUUUUUUUUCUUCUUUCUAUCUCUAUCUCUCUCUGUCUAUCUAUCUAUCCAUUCAUCUAUCUAUCUAUCUAUCCAUUUGUCUCUUUCUUUUUCUUUUUCUCUUGGCGAAAAGUCGAGAGAUUGAAAAUCGACAAUCGAGCUCACGAGCAAUAUAAUAUUAAAAAUGAAAAGAAAUGAUAGAAUUAUUUAAUUACGUCGUUUAAGAUGUAAGAGAAUAUUCUUUAAGAUUUAUAUAUAUAUAUAUAUAUAUAUAUAUAUAUAUAUAUACACAUAUGUACGUAGGGUAUCCAAUAAAAAGGUGGCAGGUGUUCCUAAAAAUCAAUAAUUUUUUCUUGAAAUCUUUUAAGUUUAUCUUUUUUUUUUCAAAUUGUGAAACUACAAGCCCAUCUUGUAAAACUACAAGACUAAUUACAAACUUAAAAUAUCUUGGAAAAAAAUACUUGAUUUUUCAUAUCACCUACUAACUUUUGGCCCAAGAAACUAAAUAGAUUUGUAUAUAUAAAUAUAAAUGUAAAUUUCGAUAUCGCGCUGGCUUCGUGCUUGCCGAAUUAUUCGAAAUCUUUCAUUAAUUACUUUAAUUUCUUUCGUUAUUCUACAUUCUUCUUUUUUCUUUUUUUUCUGAUGAAUUCACGUAAAUUAUGAAUCAUUUAAAAAUGAAUUUUUAGGUAUCACGGGGUUCACAAUAAGAGCGUAUCCUCGUGUUUGUCUUGAUAAUCACUGAUUUAAAUAAAUCACAUUCCAAGCAUAGCGAUAUUAAGAUAGAUUAAAUUAGAUUUAAAUAAUCGUUAAAUUAAUCAAGGGGAAACACGGAGCAACGAAUAUAAGCAAAGUGUUUAUCUUUGAAAAUAAAAACGAUACAAGCCAUUGCAAUGCAAUUUAUAUUAGUAGCAAUGUUGGACGGAGCAUAAACGUAUUGAUAAUCUCAUUAACAGUAGACUCUUCGAUAUCAUUGAAGAUAGUCAAUGUCUUAUAGAGAAAAUCAAUGCGUUAUGUCAAGGUGAUUUCUAAAGAAAUGUCUAUUAUGACAUAAUGGCCGGAUAGAAAGCAAUAGUGUAUAUAUAUAUAAAUAUAUACACAUCUAUAGUAAUUAUAUAAUUAAUAAAUUGAUUAUUAUAUGAUAGACACAUGAUUCAUCAAAUGCAGGCGUUUGUCAUAUAGAGUUAUAAAACCCCAUAGUAAAAAUAUGAGGAAUAAUAUUCUGAAUACUACAUUACAAUGUGAUAUUUCUAUAUUAAAACACGAUACGAAACAAUAUCCUUGUUGUUUCUGAUUUUGUACAGUUAUUUAAAUAUACAUACAAGGGACAACUUUUUUUCCAAUGCCAUAGUACAGUGGUACGCAAAUUAUUCAUACUUGCGACAUCACUAUGAUUUAUUAUCAUUUUAUAUUAGUUUAUAUAAGAGUAGCGAUAAUAUCAUUUUAUCUUUAUCUUAAAUGUAAAAUAAAAAAAGUUUACUAUUGCUGUUAUACGUAACAUUCAUGAAAAUUUCAUUAAUUCAUAGUUUGCGCGCCACUGCCAUAGAAUGUCAUACCAUACUAGUUUAUUUUGUAAAUCGCAUAGUCCAUUUUGUAUAGAAAGUGUUUUAAUUGCUAGAUAGUUUAUUUCUUAGACGUAUAAAAUAUUCAAAUGUAUGUGUACUCCUACAUCAUAAACAUAAAUCCAUUAGUUUUAGAUUGCUAUAGUAAAUUAAGUAAAUUUUGUAUUUUUGUACGAAAAGAUUUUACGAACGUUGACUUUUGUAAGGCAUAAUGAUACAAAUAUAGAAUUAAAAAAUGCUUUGUCCAUUGUGUCUGGCAAAUGUAUGUCCAUAUGGUACGCAAGUUAUUUUAUGGCUCAAUAUGAAUCAUAUAUAUUAUUAUAUAUGAUUAAGGUAUAUAUUAACAUUACUUAGCUAUGGGUUGUGAACUAGACGUUACCAUUUUCCAUUGCCUGAGUCUUUUCAAUGUUGUUGACAGUUCAAUGGUUGACUGAUUUCGUACAAGAAAUGUAAAUAAAAUUUUUAUUUGUUAUUUAAUAAUUACACUAUAAGCAUUUGUAUCUUUAAAUAAAGGGAUAUGUGAUUUUUAAAUUAA